AUGAUUCUUCGCAAGGACGAACUCGAAGUUCAACUCAAGGACGAGCACCAGUUGAUCGGGGAUGGACUACUGAGAGACGACAGCCCACUUGAUCUCAGUCCGGAAUUUCAGAAGCUAUGCCAUGCGUGCCGAAUUGGUGAUUUGAAGGCCUGCCAGGAAGCAAUCGCCAGUGGAGCCAGCAUAAAUGCCAGCGAUGUGUUUGAUUAUACACCAUUGAUCUUGGCUUCACUCUGCGGGCACUAUGAGGUUAUCCAACUCCUGUUAGAAUCAGGAGCGCUUUGCGAACGAGAUACUUUCCAAGGCGAGCGCUGCAUUUACAAUGCGUUAAACAACCGAAUCCGCAACCUUCUUCUACAGUACGACUACUCGAAAAGUACCGACCCAUUACAGCCUCUUGCCUCGCAUGUUACCUCUUUGCUCACUCGUGAAUCUCCCAAAACUUCAGAUAUCCGUUUGACUGCGUCCUCCGAGUCUUGGGAUCUACAUAAGUUUAUACUUUCAGCUCGCUCACCAUACUUCUCGAAACGACUCGCUGCGGCCCCCGAAACCACAACUUGGAAACUCUCUAGUACAAUAUCACCCGAGGCAUUUCAUGUUGCUUUUCGAUAUUUAUACCUCGGAGAGGUGCCGUCGGAUCUUGGAUUGAGUGGCCAUUCGUUUGUGACGGAGGAGGAGGUUUUCAAGGGCAUCGACAAAGUUAGUAAGGACUUGGAAAUCGAGUCCUUGUGGGAAGGAAUAUUAUCUGGAAGCGACAGGCGGAUAGCACGUCAACGGCAUCAGGAUGAAGUCACACGAGGAAGGGAUCAUAUUGAGAAAUGGUACCAGGAAAAUGUUUUAAAGCACAAACUCACUGUGGACACUGCCAAGGCUCCAGAAGUUAAAUGGACUCGAGAUAAUGCCAUAUUCGCGGAUGUUCUACUCCGAGCUGAUGAGGACGUUCCAGAUGAUGGAAGAUCCGAGGAAGAAAAUUCCGAAGAGCGAAACACCUCGGCUCCAUCUAGUGGUAUCCCGAUUGGUCCUGCAGCCGCCUCUCGAUCUCCAUCGGUGUCUAAAAGCCCAAAGAAGUCCGUUCUAUUUCCAGUUCAUCGAGCUAUGUUGCUGAGAUCCGAAUACUUCCAAACAAUGUUUGGUUCACAAUUUCAAGAAGCUCAGCUUACAGAAUAUCUUAAGAUGGUAACUGUUGAUUGCUCGCCGGCGAUAUUAGAGAUCGUUUUGGACUUUUUAUACACAGAAAAUGCGGAUAUUCCUAUUGAGCUAGCAAUCGGGGUUCUUUUCGCCGCAGAUAUGCUUUUGAUUGAGAAGCUGAAAAACAAGGCCGCAAUUGUCAUUAGCACUGUUGGAAACGGACCAACGGGUCUUGGUGAUCGAACCCAUAAAGAUAGUGUGGAUGAGCCUGAAGUGGAGCCCAUAAAUAUAUACGAUGUAAUCCGAGCAGGCUGGGAUCUCAAGGUUCAGCGUCUCGAGGAAUUCAGUGCGCGCUAUCUUGCUUAUCGACUUGAGGACUAUAUCGACGAGGAAGAGUUUGAGGAACUGAUUAAGGAGAGUGCCUCCCGAAUUGAAAAACGGCAGGAGACGGAUACCAUCGAGCUGCUUGAUGAUAUCCGAUACUACUUGUCUGACCGUUUCCGGCUGCGUUUCGAGGAUACCGGCCUCGAAGUCAUGGGCCAAGAAGGAGGAGAAAUCACCGACGGAGCUACGCAGGCCGUACCUAAUAAUGCAAAUGAGAAACAUGGGACCGUCAAUAUGAACACUCCUCAGACAACGACCUCCGUCGUCCCUGACAACGCAGCUGAUCCGAUUGCCAAUCCCAUCAAAACUCUAGAUGGCAAGAUGGCGGAUGAUGAAUUUGUAGCGGACGCAAUUAAUUACCAAGUCUUGCUCCGAAAGAUCGAUGACUUAUUAGAAAGAUUAAAAUUAGAUGCGUAG